UGCAAGAUCGGCUGAAAACAUUACUGCUGCUCAAGAAAGUGUUCAAAACAAUCCAUCAACCUCAAUUCGACGCCGUGCUCAGGAGCUUGGUCUUCAAAGAACAACUUUGGCCACAAUUUUGCACAAGGAUUUGCAUUUGCUUUCAUAUAAGAUUCAGUUGACACAAGAGCUUCUUCCACAAGACCAUUUACGCCGCCGUACAUAUGCCAAUAGGAUGUUACAGCUCGCCCAUGACAACCCCGAUUUUCAUAAAAAAAUAAUAAUGAGUGACGAGGCACAUUUUCAUUUAAAUGGAUAUGUAAAUAAACAAAAUAGUCGGUUUUGGGCAAUGGAAAACCCUCAAAUUAUCCAUCAGUCACCUUUGCAUCCAUUAAAAGUGACAGUCUGAUGUGAAAUUUGGUCAGGAGGAAUCAUUGGACCUUAUUUCUUUGAAAAUGAAAAC